AUGUCGACUGAACAACGAGAACUCCUUCCAAAUGGUCUUCCAAAUCUUCAACGUCUUAUAACAACGACCGAUCCAAAUGGCAAAGCUAUCCUUGAACCCAGUAUAUCUCCAGAAUCUGUCUGGCAACCGAUCCAAAACAAUGACAUGGACUUUUUCCUCGCAUACACUACGCAUCAAUUCCCAGCCUCACUCUCUCAUGCCCCCGCAUCCCAAAACUUUACAUCCACUACACCCAUCGACAUAGCUUCCUACAAAUCAGACCUCUCUUCGCCUCCCGGUCUCUCUAUCUCCACGGGAACAGUCGUUCGCUUCGUGGAUUUUGCGCCUGGUUACACAUGUCCAAUGCAUAAAACAGUGAGUUUGGAUUAUGGAGUUGUGUUGGAAGGAACGAUUGAGUUGGUUUUGGAUUCGGGAGAGAAGAAAAUUAUGCAGAGGGGUGAUGUGUGUGUUCAGCGGGCGACAAAUCAUGCUUGGAGAAAUGCUACGGAGGGGGAGGGUUGGGCGAGAAUGAUGUUUGUGUUGACAGCUGUUGAGAAGGGGGUUGGGAUUGAGGAGGCGGGAAUAGAUGAUAUGAAGGAGUUGAGGAAAAGCACUUAA